AUGAGCAGGCCAGAAGACCCAGCCCAGCCGGACCCUGAAAGCUGCAGAGGUGCCAUGAGUACUGAGGAAGAUGCCAUGUGGAUUCAGUGGGUGACACACCAGUUUGAGACCAUUGUGGGAAAAGACUGGGAGAUCAACCUGCAAGAAUUCAAAGCAGCCCUGAAUGUGAACGAGUCCUUCUUUGCCGAGACAUUCUUCACCCUGUUUGACCCCGAUGGAGGCGGCACCAUCACCCUCCAGGAGCUGCUGGAGGCGCUGACCCUGCUCAUCCACGGCAACCCCAUGGACAAACUCAAAUUCCUCUUCCAGGUGUACGUCGAUGGCAGCGGCUCCAUCGUGGAUGAGCUGCGCACCGUGCAGCAGUCGUGCGUGCGCGAGAGCGCCAUCUCGCGGCCUGACGAGAAGCUGGACCAGCUACUGAGCUCUUGGGAGUCCGCCGACAAGGACUGCAACCGCGCCAGCACCUUCGACCCCCUCCGGAACGAGCUACAGCGCUUCCCCGGGGUCAUGGAGAACCUGACCAUCAGCGCUAAGCACAGGCUGACGCCCCCCGCCCCGGCCGCCCAGCCGCGCCGGCAUCGUGCCCAGCCUCUGACCUCCGCCUAUUGGCCCAACCACCGCAGCCACCUGCUCUGUCUGGCCGCCGACGCGGGCCUCCAUGUGCUGCUCUUCGCGCUGGCGGCCAGUGCGCACCGGGCCCCCGGCCCCUGCGUCAUGGUGGCCGAAGGCUGCCAGUGCCUCAACGUCGACUGUAGUCUCAUCGCGGUGCUGAUGUUCAGGUGCUGCCUGACGUGGCCACAGGCCACCUGGCUGGCUCAGGUCCUGCUGCUGGACUGGAACAUCCAGUUCCACCAGCUUAUGGGCUACGUGGUGGUUGUGCUCUCCCUUGUGCACACUGUGGCCCACAUUGUGAGCUGUGUGUCCUGCAGGCCCACGCUCCAGGCUCAGUCCGAGGCCAGCGCCUUCCUGUUCUGGGAACUGCUGCUCACCACCAGGCCUGGCAUCAGCUGGGUCCAUGGCUCGGCCUCCCCGACCGGUGCUUGUCUGCUCCAGCUCCUGUCUCUGGCCCUGUUCUGCCCCCAGGUCUUGAGCUCUGGAAGCUUACCAGCCCCUCCCUCUCCACCCUCACAGGUGUUCUACUGGACCCAUUUGACCUACCUCCCCAUGUGGAUUCUGCUCAUUCUGCACGGGCCCAACUUCUGGAAGUGGCUGCUGGUCCCUGGCGUCUUACGCUUCUUGGAGAAGAUCAUCGGGCUAGCAGUGUCCCGCAUGGCAGCCCUGUGCAUUGUGGAAGUCAAUCUCCUCCCCUCCAAGAGAAUGAACGGCAUCCGUCUCAGAGAAUAUGGCCAUGAGGACAGAGAUGGCACUUUCCGGACUUCACACAGCUCUGGCACCCAAGGCCCCCCUCUCUUCCACUACAGACCAGGCGACUCCUUGUACCUGAACGUCCCCAGCAUCGCGCUCUACGAGUGGCAUCCCUUCACUAUCAGCAGCGCUCUGGAGCAGAAAGACACCAUCUGGCUACAUGUCUGGUCCGAAGGCCAGUGGACAGACAGGCUGUAUGAGUCCUUCAAGACAUCAUGCCCCAUGGACGGUGGCUGCAAACAGCUGUCAAGAAGGUUGAGGAUGAGGAAGAGCCAGAGGAAGGCCCAGUUUGCCCUGCCAGCCUAUCCAUUCGGGAACCUCAGUACAGGGAGCAGUGGCCUUCAGCAGGGACAUCACCAUGGAGCUGACCUCCUGCGGGCCCAAGGGAACUCCACAGCAGGGGGACCUAAGGCCUGCAGUAGUAGCAAUAGUAGUAGUAGCUGUAGUAGCAGCAGUAGUAGUAGUGGUAGUAGCAAUAGUCAUAAUAGCAGUAGUAGUAAUAGUGGUAGUAGCAAUACUUGUAGUAGCAAUAGUAGCAAUAGUGGUAGUAGUAGUAAUAGUGGUAGUAGCAAUACCUGUAAUAGCAAUAGUAGUUGCAAUAGUUGUAGUAGUAGCUGUAGUAGCAGUAGUAGUAAUAGUCAUAGUAGCAAUAAUAGCAGUAGUAGUAAUGGUGUUAGUAGCAAUAGUAGUAGUAGCAGUAGUAGUAAUAGUCACAGUAGCAAUCCUGGCAGUAGUAGUAAUAGUGGUAGUAGCAAUACUUGUAGUAGCAAUAGUAGUAGUAGCAGUAGUAGCAAUAGUAGUAACAGUGGUAGUAGCAAUACCUGUAGUAGCACUAGUAGUAGUAGCAAUAGUGGUGGUAGUAGUAGCGGUAGUAGUAAUAGUGGUAGUAGUAGCAGUAGUAGUAAUAGUGGUAGUAGCAAUACCUGUAGUAGCACUAGUAGUAGUAGCAAUAGUGGUAGUAGUAGUAGCGGUAGUAGGAAGAGUGGUAGUAGCAAUACCUGUAGUAGCACUACUAGUAGUAGCAGUAGUAAGAGUCAUAGUGGGAACCAUAGCCGUAGUAGUAAUAGUGGUAGUAGCAAUACCUGUAGUAGCAGUAGUAGUAAGAAUCAUAGUAGCAACCGUAGCAGUAGUAGCAAUAAUAUGAGUAAUGGUAAUAGCAGCAGCGGCUGCAGCAAUCAGGCCCCGUCAUUUCUGGCUUGGACCGAUGCGCAAGUGGAGGUGGUACCCACCAGCCUCUUCCCUGUCGUGGCCCACAUGGAAAAUGACAACAUUCGUCUGCCGUGUCAGGGAAAACGGAGGAAGCUGCUUGAGCACAGAGGUGCCCACCAGGGGGCUCCACUUGCCCUGAGAGCCGAAGGGAUCCAGAUCUCAGUAAACCCGUCCCACUGCAGCCAGACUGAACAGACACCACGAGGUGUGACAGGGAGUGAGCUUCAGAGCCCAGGGACUGCCAUGCCGCCCUGGGACGCCUUUCCCCUUCGAGUCCUGAGGCGGCCAUGGGGUGCCGGCCAGACAGUGGAUACAGUCACUGUGUGCGCCUGGCGCAGAGCCCACUCCGCCCCAGCAGUGGGCCAGCUUUCCUUUCCAAAGCACUGGUGGGCCAAAGGUGUGAGUUCUGAGCACCCGUGGUCCGGCUCCGAGCCCCGGGGGCAAGGGGCUGACAUCAUGCCCUGUGCCUACCGCGGGCGGGAGCCCCUCCAUGCUACCUUUGCCUCCCACCACCCAGGCCCCUUCCUGGAGCUGCAUAUGUACAUGACCUCUGCACUGGGCAAGCACGACAUGAAGGUCAGUAGCCUGCAGAUGGCCCUUGACCUCCUGGCCGAGAAGGAGACGAAGGACCCCAUCACAGGCCUCCAGACAGGCACCCAGCCUGGGCGGCCUGACUGGAGCAAGGUGCUCCAGAAAGUGGCUGCUGAGAAGAAGGGCAAGGUGCAGGCCUUCUUCUGUGGCUCCCCAGUCCUGGCCAAGGUGCUCAAGGGCCACUGUGAGCAGUUUGGCUUCAAAUUCUUCCAAGAGAACUUUUAG